CAUACGGUCGGGUGUGUUACUUGUUGGUUCCCAAGUUUUCUGCCAAUUUUUCGUGUCAGGCGUAUCAUCCAUUAUUGGAAAUAACUCUAAGCCAUAGAGCUACGUUGGAGGUUGCCGCAGUAGAGUUUGCAGCAUACAUUCGACUCCCGUUGUCGUUAAAAACCACAUUUAAAAAAUAAAUUAUUUUAUUAAACUUUGUAAUAUCACUGGAAGGCGCUGGUAAUACUAAUACAACGAAUAGCUAUAAGUAAACAACAGCUGCGCUCUUCUAUCAAACCACAUUGUCGAUAACGAUCAAACAGCUGUCCGAUAUAAUCGUUCAACGUAAAACACAGGGUGUUACGUAUUAGCAAAUGAAUAAUAAGAGAACGCUAUUAUCGAUAUCACCAGAAAACAGUCACAGUACCCCAAAAAAGUAUUCACCAUAUCAAAAAAUGAACAUAAAUAACCAACAAGAUGUUUUUUCGUGGAGUAAGCUGGGCGAUGUGUUGGAUGAUAAGUUGAAAGAUGUGGCCAAAAAAGAGGACCUUACUGCAAUCAAAUAUGAAGUGGAAGAACUUAAACAGGAAAAUUGUAAAUUGAGAGAAGAUAUCAAGAAACUAACAAAUCGCUUAGAAACCUUAGACAGAAAAUCUCGUACUACAAAUAUUGUGGUGAGUGGACUUAGAAGUAGAACUACAUUUACGGCAAAAAAAGAAUUCCUCGACAUCUGCAACAACAAAUUAAACAUCGUAGUUAACAUAUCGUACGCUAGAAUGUUAUCUUCAGGAAAAUCGUUCGUAUUUACACUGGACACCAAUUCCCAAGUGCAAAAUAUUUUAAAUACGAAAGAAAAAUUGCAUGGCCAAUUUAUAUAUAUACAAAAGGAUUAUACUGCUGUCGAACAGUCUACCAGAUACAACCUGCGUCAAGUUGGCAAAAUCGUAUCCCAGCAUAAAAAAGACGUUAAAGUUAGGUUAGGAGAGUUCUGUCUUUUCCUGUUGAAUCUGGUGUGAAACAGGGCUGUAUUCUCAGUCCUGUACUCUUUUCGUUAUACGUGAAUGACCUUCCCUAUAUAUUGCCUGGUGGUGUAAGAGUAGCGGACACUACGGUCAAAGUCUUAUUAUACGCCGAUGACAUUGUGCUAUUAUCUGACUCUCCAUUGGGCUUACAAGAGAUGAUUUAUGAACUUGA